CGGGCGACGGGCGGCCGCUGUCGCUCCCUCCCCGCUGCUCUCCCGUUCUCCCCGCGGCCCCGGCACGGCCGGCAGGACAUGGUACAAUUAAAUAACACUAUGAGCACCUGUCAGUCAAGAUAAAUGAAGAUAAACAGCUGUGACUACUAAAUUAAAAUCUCUGUAGGAGAGGAAUGGGAAAUGAUGCAGAACAGCAGUGGCAUUGGAAGAAAAGCAUGUUGAGAUGGACCUGAAGUGGAAUCCUGACAGAGUGUCUCAUCCAGGCUCAUCUGAAGACCAGGAAACUGAUGUGAAUUGGCAAGGCAACCCAAAUCCCAGUCUGCUGAUUAAAGAUGAUGGAGAGCUGCUUAUGGAUGAACAUCUUUCCCCCAGGAAACUGAAAAUUUUGGCAGGGGUAGAUGAUCUGCAGCAAGUGAAGGCCCUAGAGAUGCGAGUAGACACCAGAGAGAUCAGCUUGGGGAACUUUGGUGUGCAUCUGCCUAAUCUGAGAGAACUGAAGUUGAACAAUAGCUUGCUUGUAUCUGUGAGGGAUCUUGGAACGUCAUUGUCCCAUCUCCGUGUCCUGUGGAUGGCUCGGUGUGGGCUCUCAGAUUUAGAUGGGAUCUCUUCCUGCAGCUCUCUAAAAGAACUCUACAUUGCUUAUAACAAUAUCUCUGACCUGAGCCAGCUGACCUGGCUGGAUCACCUGGAGGUUUUGGACCUGGAAGGGAACAAUAUUGAGGACAUCAACCAGGUGCAGUACCUGCGACUUUGUUGCAAGCUAAGCCAUCUGACAGUGGAGGGCAACCUUAUUUGCCUGAAGCCAAAUGCAGAAUCUGCAGAGGACCCAGACUACAAUUACAGAGCAGAAGUAAAAAAACUCAUUCCCCACUUGAAGUAUUUGGACGGAAUACCAGCAAGCCAGACUACUCUCCUUCCUUCCAAGAAGAUGCAUGAAGAUUCUCUAAUCAUCAAGGAAUCCAUCAAGGAAGGUGGUUUAGCCAAAGACAUUUCAUCAUUAGAUCCAUAUCUUGGGGAAGUAGCAAAGCAGUCUGGAUGCAGCCCAAAACCCCCAACAACUUCCAGACCUGGAAAUGCACAGUGUUCUGCUAAUGUAGGGAUUUGUAGUGAUGCCAGCCUCUUGGCCGGUGGCUGUCCUCUUCCAGAUCCCACUGUUUUUCCUGAUAAGCUGUUCACAAAAGAUGACUCCAGUGAUUUGACACAUGGACUCCGUCAAGUCAUAUGUGGGAACCCUGCCAAGGCCCUCCAUGUGAGGAGGCAAAAGCUAGGUCCACCUGCUGUGAGCCCUUUGAAACCGUCUGGUCUGAUGACAGAAAACUUUUGUGGCUCUGGAGGAGGAAGAUAUCUGCACCAGGAAAAGGUGUCCUCUGACCUGGGAGUAUGGACGGAGCAGCACAAGGGGUGCCUGCAAACAGGUCAGCAAGAACAAGCCAGCCAAGCACUGAAGGUGAAUAAAGGCGAAGACUGGAGCCUGGCUGACAUCUUAGAAAAUGAGUUGAGGGAGGCCUGUGAUGAGGACCUCAUUGAAAGGAUUUCACUUGACCCUUCUUCCCACUCCUCCUCAGGUUCAUCACAGACUCAGGAGGGUGCAGUGUUCUCCAACACAAAACGUUAUCUAAUUCCAUCCCCUCCAAAAAACCCUUCACCUGCCUCUGCAGUGGAUGUUGCAAGACCCUGGAAAACAAGGAACCACAGGAGUAUAAAAAUACCCAGCCAAGAAGAGGACAGACAAUGUACACAGAAAUGCCAGUCCAAAGCUCAUCAAGAGAAUUCAGCCCAGCCUCAGGACAAGGAGCCCGCUCUCCUGGGCCUGCACAGCACAGUGGCUGCCUCUGGAUCCCAAGGGCAGCGCCAGCCUGUGGGCUGCACCAGCCAGCCAAGGCCCAUUCCAGGAGCAGCAGCUAUUGGGUUACCAAGGAUCAGGCCCAUCAUGGAUGAGAGCCCUUCUAAAGAGAUCAACCACCAGUACCCAGCUGCCUACUCAUCCACAAAAGCCUCACAGAGGUUUAGGCCAAUGAAUUCUGCUUGGCCCCUGACUGCCAGGUCCAUUCUGCAGUCAUUGCCACACAAAUCCACUGCCACAAAAACAUCUCAGAACAGAAGUCCUCAGUCCUAGAAGGUACCCAGUUGCCAGCAUGUGUUGGAGCCAUGUACACAGUGCAGCCAUGAAGGAUCA